AUGUCACAGCGGACCCUGGAUGAAGGCCUUGAGUAUCUAUGGGACCUCCCCGCCGCAGCCUCAAGAUCCGACACACACGCAUGCCACCCCAGCCAACGAGCCCCCCUUCAAUACUUGGCCUCCUCUAUCCCCCAAGAACCUGGUCACAAACCGCCCACACAUACUGCACCCGCUCCAAUGGUAACCGCCUCGGCUGGGUCAUCUAUAACCCUCAUGUUCGGCGGCAACGGUCACAGCCGUGGUAACUUUGGCGGUGUUGAGAUGGGUGACCCAGGGAAAGUAUCCGUUUAUUGGGCCGGUAGCAAAGAAAAAGACAUUGUAGAUGUAAAGGAGUUGACGGAGGACAAUCUUAUGCAGAGGAACGGGUUCAGUGAGGAGAGUUUCGCAUAUCCGUUGGAUAAGAAAGUAACAGCGCCGGGGUGGGGACCGGAAGACCUUCACGACAAGGGAAACUGGCAAACGUUGCAUCUGUAAGUCCAUAUUAUUUUCUUCUCGGUGUCGUAUUGAGAAGAGAGGAAGAGGCUCCAUAGAACGUCGUUUCACUAACAGUCCUUUGCAGGCCGGAAUGCAUGGAGAAGGGACGGCACAUGAUGAUAUGGGUGUGGAGUUUUGGUGGUGCAAAUAAGUAUAGCACAUGUUUUGAUGUUAUGGUCGCGUGAGAGGAAGGCGAAGAAGGUAGGUCAGGAGGGGUGUUGUAACUGUGGACGUAUACGUUAGAGAUGUAUGUGCAACAUGACUGUAUACAUCAGUGCUUCGCCUCUCUCUGUCCGCUCGCUGUUCCUGCUUCUCCUCUUGCAUGCGCAG